CUCAGUUUGGUGGCCCUGACUCGUGAUCGACGUCGUCGUCGUCGUCGUGUCGCGUUGACGUGAGAUGUUGCAAUCGGCUGCGGCGUGUGCGUGCGUGCGUGCGCGAUCGUGAAUCGACUUCUCCCGUGUCUCUCGUCGACGAGAUCUGCUCUGUGUUUCGCGCAUUGUUCGAGGUCGCGCGUUUACGCCCGCAGAGUUGUUGUCGAUACCUUUCGCACGUUUCGCGAGUACGUUGACGAGUCCGAGACGAUAUCGAACCGUUCGCGCGUGACACUCGAGGGCUGCACGACGCUGUGCUCGCGGCAAGUAACGACGACGAGAACGACGAGAUGCACCGUCGUCGUCGCUAAUCGAACGGGAGGCCGCGCGGGUCGAUGAGGACGACCAGACGCAGCAGUGGGUAACGCCAAGUGGGCAGCGUCAGCAUGCAGGCGAACGACGAGACUUACGAUAGGAAUUCCGCCGCGGAGGACAUCCGCGUCUCGUUCGCCGACGAGGAUGCCGACGAGGAUGACGACAAGGUGGACCACGCGUCCGACUCCGGCGACAAGUCGCCCGACGAGUCACCCAAGGAGUCAACCCCCAACGGUUGCGAGCAUUACAAGCGGAAGUCCAAGUUCGUGACUCCGUGCUGCAACAAGGUCUAUACAUGCCGGUUUUGCCACGACGAGCAAGAGGCGCACACAGUCAACAGGAAAGAAGUGACGGAAUUGAUAUGCGUCCUCUGCGACACUCGUCAGCCAGUACAAGCCAAAUGUCAAAAUUGCCGUUGCCGAUUCGGCAAGUACACGUGCCUCGAGUGCAAUCUCUUCGACGACGAGGAUAAGAAUCAGUACCAUUGCGUCGGUUGCGGCAUAUGCAGGGUCGGCGGUCGCGACAGAUUCUUCCACUGCGCCAAGUGCAACAUGUGCUUGCCAGUUCAGUUGAGGAAUGGGCAUACGUGCAUCGAGAACGUGUCGCACGCCAACUGCCCGGUGUGCCUCGAGGACAUUCACACGAGUCGCAUACCGUGUCACAUUCCCGACUGCGGGCAUUUACUUCAUCGCACGUGCUUCGAGGAGCUGCUGCACUCAGGCCACUACGCCUGCCCGACGUGUCAAGUGUCGCUCUUGGACAUGACCGACCUGUGGAAGUUUCUGGACACGGAGGUGUCGCUGACUCCGAUGCCCGAGGAGUAUCGCGACUACAAGGCCGAUAUCUUGUGUAAAGAUUGCCACGAGGAAUCGACGGUGAAGUUUCACGUGGUCGGGUUGAAGUGUUUAAAUUGCGGCAGCUAUAACACCUGCAGAGUGAAAGGCUCCCCUUCUCCAGACCUGGAAUUAUUGAACGAAGCGGCUGGCGGCAGUAGCACGGGCGAGGAAGAGCAAUCCUCCAGUAAGUAAGACCAAAGUUUAAGGUGUUGUCCAACGGAUCCGUCGACCGAUUAGCCAAGACAAUUGAUCGGUCGGAAGCAAGCGGCGGAAGAAGAUCACACGUACACACAUACAUAAAUUCUAUAGACGACACCGAGAGAGUAUUUGUACUUUAGACAGAUAUUAUUUCUUGUUUUUUUUUUUGUAGCGAAUUGCAUUUUUAUUGGUACUCUAAGGUACUCUCUGACGUGACCGAACAUUAUUUGACGGGUUAGCACGCGGAGAGAAAAAAAGACGAAUUACCAGUGUUGUAAUAAGCAGUCGUCGAAAUUAAUAGUUAAUUCAUUUUUUCUUGCGAUUGUUUGUGAUAUGCUGUAAUACAACUCUCUAGGCAUCCGAGCGGACGCGGACCGUUUAAUCAGCGCGAGUCUCGUCAACGAAAGCGCGCGGAUGUCUUGUUUUCGUUCCGCGCCCGUUCGUCGUGAAUCGCGAUCGAGAGCGGCGAUUAAUGAAGCGAUCGACGCUCGCUGACAAUUCGUAGCCGCUCCUUCUCGCGCGCAUCAUAACUGCGACGUUACGAUCGCCGAUCGCAAUUGCUGUUAUUAGUUGGUUUUUCGACAUUUUUAUCUUGUAUCGGAUAGCCCGGACUCAUCGCGCGAUUUUUCAGCCGCGUGUUCUUGAAUGCAUUUGGAGUAGAAUGUGUUCUUGGCAAAAAAACGAUGUUCAACAAGAUCUGGUAUCUUCUCUCAUCUCCUCUGCGACGUUAGCUCGUUUUUUUUUUUUUUGACCUUUUUUCUUGCCAACCGAUCUGUGGAAAUAUAUUUACUUCGCGAUAAUAUCGCGUAAUAACGUUUCAGCAUUUAAUUUUAACAUUUAACUAAUGCAACGACGUAUUUACAGUGAUACAUUUGUAUUGGGUAUAUAUCAUUAAUGAUUAAAAGGUUAUUUUUUUUAUAUUUUAUAUUACUUUUUUAUAUAGAGUCAGAACAAAACGUGACGUCGCGCGAGGUAGACUCGACAUUGGAGCAAGAUGCCUGCAGAGUUUAAUGUCGUGGUAGUUUAAAAUUUCGAUAAAUAAGACUGACUGCGUUUACGUAGCAACCUAAAACCGUUUAUUAACACACGCAUAUUCUUACGUUUACAUAGACAGCACAGAACUGAUUUAAUAAUUGUCACUAUUGUUUCAAUUAUCCUGUAUCCCACACCAUACGUAUGUCACAAAGACUUUCUAUAUAUUUUUUUUUUAGACAUCCUGUGAGUGUCUUCAAGAUGUCUUUGAGACAUGUGUUAUAUGUAAUACUAGCAGUAUCAAACAUUAUUAAAUCGAUUUUAUGUUGAUCAGGUAAAUACAGAUAUGUGUGCUGAAUCGAUUCUAGGUCACAGUGUAAACGUAGGAAUACGUAAUUAUUCUAAUUAACGAUGAAGUGUUUUGAAAUCAAUGAAACAACCGAACUCCAAAUCGCUCAGGGAAUCCGUGGAUGAAUGUCCGCGCGGCGAGUCCUCAGGGAUCCUUGCAUACGUAUAUAAUUUAUGUAUACUUCUCCUAUAUCUUAGCUAUACUUAUUCCCGAAAUAGCAACUGCGUCGAUAGCUAAUUACACUUAAGAGAAUUGUUGAAAGAAAUAAUCGUUAAAGCAAAGAAAAAAAAAAAAAGAAAAGAUCGACCAAGCCCUCAGGAUGAGAGGAGAGCGCAUGAGUGGGCGAUGGAGUUACAAGAAUAUCUCGGAAUUUUUCCGAUUUUCGGGGCAUUGUAGUACGGCGCUACCCUAUUUCAAUAUACCCCGCGUGUUGACGACUUUGCAUAAGGGCUGGAACUUGGUCGACGACGCGCAAUUUAUCGUCGAGAUGUGAUCUCUCCUCGCGCAGGCGCCGUUGACCCAACUCACACGCGGGAAUUGUAUCGUAUCGAGACGAGAGUCGAUGGGCCUAACUAAUUGUAUGUACUUCGAACAACCUCUCGCAUCACAUAAAUAAGUCUAAACAUCCUGCAGCAUACAUAGACACGUAUGAGCGAAAUUUGAACUUUUUGCCGAAUUAUAACAUUUCCGUUCACGCGAGUCGCCGCGUAGAAAAGUUGUCUCUCAUCUGAACGCGAUGCAUUCCGUUUUCAAGACGAUCUCACGCUUUAGUCGUAAUCUAGUCGAGCGCGAAUUCGGGCAAAUUGUAUUUCGGGAGAUUGUCUCGGUAAUUGAUUCUCCGGGAGAUCGUCCCAGUUGUUUCCGAAUUUCGAGAUUUUCACUUUUUCUUUCCGAGGCAAUGCAUGUCCACCCUUUUCUCCCUCGUAAAUGUGAAAACUCCUCGCAAAAACGAAUUCUCUCUCUCUUACACAUACACCGGGGUGGCACGUGCCGACGAUGCAAUAACGAAAUAUCGAUAUAGCGAAUAAUGGGGAGGGGGAGGGGAGUAGGAAGAGAAGAAAAAGUAUCUUUUCUCGACGGAUCGCAAAGUAUCGUGCAUGUGACAGAUUUUACUGUGUGCGCGCAUAUAUAUAUAUAUAUAUAUAUAUAUAUAUAUAUAUAUAUAUAUAUAUAUAUAUAUAUAUAUACACGCGCGCGCAUACACACACACACUGUACACAGCUCGCGUUUUUUCCCGAGAGGCAUUCUUCUUCUUCUUCUGAUACUGAUGAAUAUUGAUCUACGUAAUGUAAACCUAGGUAAUCUGUUUUAACGUAACUCUGUGUAACGCAAUUAUCUAGAUGGAAUAUUCGCGACGGGUCGUCGUCGCGGCGUCGAUUAUAUAUCUUGCUGUUCUCUUGUCGCUAUUUGAUAUGAAAUAAUUUCCAGUUACCGUGAAUGUGAGGCGAUAACCAUCACACGCAUGUACUACUGUACCCACACACAUACACAUCUUUCUCUUUUACAUGACGCACGACACGACGGUUCAGCGACACUUGACUUUGUACGGCUUUGCUUCGAAGCUCGUACGCGACGGUGAUGAUGAAGUGACGAGACACAUUUUAAGAGCAAUCAACUUCGAAAGGAAAAGAGGAUAAAGACAAGUGACAGCCAUGUUAGGGCUAAACAAUACAAAUACAAGUGAAUUACGAAAUCAUUCACACUCGACCAAAAUCGAAUUUGAAUCAGAAUUAAGUGUAAAAAAUUUGUAUUUUUUUUUCACGAAUUGCUCCAGGAGACCAACGUUUUUCCUUUCCAAGCUGAUUGCACAUCGCGUGAUAACCAUUCCAAAUUUAUUACAUUUUAGAUGUGUGAAAUUCUGCGAGAGAUUCCCUCUUGCUUCGGCAAAGCGCAAUUUUACAGCGGGAGGCUGAGUGCCGCCAGCGAAAUGAACUUUACCAUUCCAUAGCAUUCCAUAGAAAGCGAGGUAGCAACGGCUCCUUGAAUUUGUAUCGAGUUUAGUGAAAAUAUAUCGCGUUUCUAACGACGAGAUGCUGAUUUUAAGUCGAACGUGUAGCUCUGAAACGGUUUUCACGUGGAGUUCUUUCGUACAAACAUCCGUUGCGAGAACCGAGUGCUUUCUUCUUUUCCUUUAGAAACUAUACAAGAGCAAAUUUUCAGCGGUUUGUUUAUUACAUUUUAUUGCGCAGGCAGCUAUUCGCUGAUAUCGUCGUUGUCGAGAGGAUUUUAUCGAUCGAUGUUAGAUGUUCACCUUGUCUGAUAAAACGGAUUACGUUGAUGAGAAACGCGUCUUCUCGCAUCAGCCGCGACGCGAUUAUUAUGCGCAUCAGAACGGGUAGCUUUCUUCUUCUUCCGACACGAAACGAUAUACGUAGUUUCUGUUGUGAUUACCAUCACGAUUUUAUUAUGUUCACUUGUAAAUUAAAUAUCAGUUACAAAGGCUCUUUGUACAUAACGGCCGCAAUAAUGCUUUUGUUUUAUAUUACGUAUAAUAUAUACUAUUGUAUCAAAUAAAUCUGCUCUCUCUUUCUC